CAGUCACGCAAGCCUUGAUUCAUCCAUUCAUUCUUACAACUAUAUUAGCUUCUCCAGGUCCCAUACUUCUUCCAUAAUGCAGGCACCCACACCCAACCAACGAAAACCCAUCAAAGACCUGACUAGAGUGUUCCACUACACAGACACCAUGGCUCGGAAGCCUACCCGCGACAAUGAUCCAUACGAAUACAUGGCUGGGUUUGGAAACCGCUUUCAGUCAGAAGUCAUCCCAGGGACCUUACCAGCUGGUCAAAACAAUCCGCAAGAACCACGGCUUGGUCUAUACACUGAAGGCCUUACGUCCUCUGCCUUCACAGCCCCAAGACAUGCCAACUUUAGCACUUAUAUGUACCGGGUGAGGCCAGCAGCUGCACACAAUGGCUAUAGGAAAGAUUAUGAACUCAAAUCAGACAUCGAGAACUGUUUCCUUACACUUAAUACCAAGGUGACAACGCUUGCUGGUCAGGCUGAAUGGGCACCAUUUCCUCUUCCCAACGAUGACGAGAAGAUUGACUUUGUAGAUGGUUUGCACACCCUUGGGGGAAGUGGAGAUCCAAAUCUGCGAGAAGGCAUUGCACUCUAUGUCUUCAUGAUCAAUGCAGAUAUGGACCACCGAGCAUAUUGUAAUACGGACGGUGAUUUUCUAAUCGUGGCUCAGCACGGAAUCCUCGACAUACAAACGGAGAUGGGGAUGCUGUUCCUGCAACCAGGUGAAAUCUGUGUGAUCCCGCGUGGAAUUCGCUUCGCUGUCCGCCUAGGUCACGAGCAUGAUGUGGCUCGUGGGUACAUCAUCGAGAUAUGGGGUUCUCAUUGGGAGUUACCUGAUUUGGGUCCCUUGGGUGGUCAUGGACUAGCAAAUCCACGAGACUUUCUCCACCCUGUGGCCCACAUUGACGAGAAUCUCCAUGAAGACUGGGAGGUUGUCAACAAGGCAAAUGGUCGAUAUAGCAUCAUUGAGCAGGAUCACAGUCCUUUUGAUCUGGUGGCAUGGCAUGGAAAUGUCGUUCCCUACAAGUACGAUCUGACCAAAUUCGCGUCCCAAAAUGCAACCUCUAUCGAUCACACCGACCCUUCCGUGAAUUGUGUACUGACUGCCCCAUCUAGAGAUACAGUCACGCCAUUAGCUGACUUUCUAUGGUUUGGGCCACGAUGGGAUGUGGCGUCCAAUACGUUCCGUCCUCCGUAUUUUCACCGUAACUCGGCAACAGAGUUCCUUGCGUGUCUGUAUGGAAGCGGACUCGGACGCUCUGAGGAGUUUUUGCCUGGUGGAGGUAGUGUCGAGGUCAGCCAUACACCACAUGGCAACUUCAGCGAUGACUAUGUGCGUGAAAUACGCUACCAGAUGAACGAGCCACGGAGAGUUUUAGAAAAUCCUAAAGUAUGGGAUGCUUUACCUGACAGAUUCUCCGCGUACCCAAACAUCAAGAAAAUUCUCAGCCAAGUCAAGUCCAAUAAAGAAGCAUGGAAGAAGCAGCUAGAAGCGUAUUAUGAUGAUGAUUGGCUGGCGGAAAAAACCAAGGACCACAACAAAGCUUGCUAGUGAAUUAAAUGUGUGCGUAUUUCUGCAAGGCUGAGAUAGUCGGCUCUGAAUGAUUCGUUUUGGGAGACGCUACUGGUAGCAGGCUGGUGUUCUGUGCUCGAGGCGCCAAGCAGCAAGACCAGCUUCCAGGAAGGAGAAGGGUAUCGUAGAUAUCAUCUUUAAAGACGAUGCGAAAGCGGUAUAUAAUAUAUAGAAAUCCGGCGAGAACCAUCCUAGGAGCAAUGGUCGAUUUGUGUAUGCAGAAUACCAAUCCAGU